GCGGCGGUGAAGGAAGAGAGAGCGGUGGGGAAGGAAGAAAGAGCGGUGGGGAAGGAAGAGAGAGCGGUGGGGAUGCGUGGCGUGCGGAGCUGCCUUGCUACCUCAGCAACGUGCGGCGUGAGACGUCCUGAGAAGGCGGUGGAGGUGCGUGCUGGGAUCGUUCGGCUCAACGUUUGCGCCAUUAUUGUUCACACUCAACAACAACAACAAAACCCCGCGUGAAAUAUUUGCACUUCCAAUUUUUUUUUCAAAAAAAUCUUUAUUUAAAUAUUCCUUUUUUUCCUUUAAACUCAAGCACGCGCGUAAACCACGCAUCCCACGGAUGACGUAGGGAAAGUCUUGGCAGCGCCAGGGGCUAGAAUAAUAAUUAUAUUAUAUUUCCUUUUUUGUGUUUUUACCAAAGUAAGCCAUGCUCCUGGGUACUCCGCCGUCUGCGUUGAUGUCUCCACCGCGAGACUCGACCGCUCGCUCCACCACCACCACCACCCUGAGCUACCACCACCACCACCAUCAUCACCAUCGCCUCUUCCUGCUCAUCAUCAUCCUCAUCCUCUCCUACGCGGCCGCUGCUCUCGCCGGCGUCUCGGCCAACCCAUCACCGUCACCCACGUCCACUCCACCACCUCCACCUCCCAAUCCCCGUCCACCGCGGACUGACGGCACCACCAGCGGACCCGUGCGAGCUGCCAGCAGCCACCCGAUGUUGUUCUUCGGCGCCGAGGAGGCGCAGGCGAUGAGGAGGCGCGCGGCGGCGUCGCACGCCCCGCACGCCGCCCGGCUGCGGGAGGCCGCCCGCGAGAUGCUCGCGGCGCCCCGCGACUUCGUGCCGCCACGGGAGCCGUCGCUCUUCUCGGCGCAGUGGAACGAAGCCUUCGGGAACAACCUGGGGGCCCUCUCCUUCUACUGCUUCCUCUACCCCAACCACACGCGCGCCCUGCACCUCGCCCUGCACUACAUGGACGCGAUGGCGGUGCAGCCCAGCUGGUUGGUGCGAGGCGACCCGGCCGACGAGGUGCCCAUGGCCCACUCCCUCGUCGGCUUCGCCACCGCCUUCGACCUCCUGCACGGGCGCCUGGGGCCCGCGCGCCGCUCCCUCUACCUGGACGCGAUCGUGGCGGCCGCUGGCUACAUGUACGAGCGCUCGUUCGACCGCGGCUGGGGCCAGCAGUACCUGCACAACCACCAGCCGACCAACUGCGUGGCGCUGCUCACCGCCGGCCUCGUCGUCAUGGCCCAGGGCCACCUGAACGACGCCUACCUGUGGCUGAGCCAGGCGGUGCUGGUGAUGGAGCGAGCCCUGCUGCUCCUGCGCGAGGUGCGCGACGGCUCCCUGCACGAGGGCGUCGCGUACGCCUCCUACUCGACGCGCUCGCUCCUGCAGUACGUCCACCUGUUGCUGCGCCACCUCGCCGUCGACCACACCGGCCAUCCCUGGCUGCGGCAGCACUUCGCCUUCCUCUACCGCACCAUCCUGCCCGGCUUCCAGCGCACGGUCGGGAUCGCCGACUCGAACUACAACUGGUUCUACGGCCCCGAGAGCCAACUGGCCUUCCUCGACGCCUUUGUGAUGCGCAAUGGCAGCGGCAACUGGCUGGCCGACAUGAUCCGCAAGCACCGGCCGGCGGCGGGACCCGGGGCACCCUCCCGCAGCCAGCGCUGGACCACGCUGCACACAGAGUUCAUCUGGUUCGACGCGUCGCUGACCCCGCGGCCGCCCCCGGACUUCGGCUCACCGCGGCUCCACAUCUUCCACGACUGGGGCGUGGCGACCUACGGCGCGGCGCAGCCCGCGGGCGCCAACGCCUCCUUCUUCUCAUUCAAGUCGGGCAAGAUCGGCGGGCGCGCCAUCUACGACAUCGUUCACGCCAAGCGUUACGCGGCCUGGGUGCACGGCUGGCGCAACUUCAACCCGGGCCACGAGCACCCGGACCAGAACUCGUUCGUGUUCGUGCCGAGCCGCGGCGGCGCCGGCGGCGGGGGCGGCGGCGCGGCGCCGCCGCCGGCGGCCUGCGUGACGGAGGCCCUCUACGGGCCCAAGUACACCUUCCUCAACAACGGCCUCAUGUUCUCCCCGCCCGCCGCUCCGGACGUGUGCUUCCCGCCGUGGCAGGGCCAGGUGACGGAGAGCUGCGACUCCAAGUGGAUGCGCUACAAGCGCGGCGCCGCGGGCGACGCUCACGGCCGCCUGGAGCGCGCCCAGGAGCGCGGCGGCGUGGUGUUCGCGCGGGGGGAGGCCGCGGGGGCCUACGACGCGGCGCUGGGGCUCGCCAGCGUGCAGCGGAGCGCGCUGCUGCUGCGGCCCGACCUGCUGCUCGUCGUCGAUCACGUGCGGCGGCGCCCGGGCUCGCGCGCCUCCCGCAUGCGAGCGUUCUUCAACAACGUGGACGCCGGAUUCCGCCCCGUGGCGGUGGGGGCGCUGAACGGAGCGGCGGUGGCGGCGCCGGCGGGCGGCGACGGCGGCGGCGUUACCGCGGAGGCGUGCCGGAUGUUCUGGGUGGACGACGCCGGGGUGAGCGCGCGCGGAAAGCUCAGCGACAGCCCCUUCCGGUCGAACCACUCGUUUGCGGGGAGCUACCUGGCGAGCGUGGUGACGCCCCUGCGCGGGGCCGUGACGCGCGCCGCCUUCGUCUUCCUAGGGCCGUCGCUGUCGCUGCGCAGCCUCAAGGUCAUCCCGCGCAACGACUCCGUCACGGUGUACGUCAUCGCCAACUCGGUGCUCUACACCGUCUACCUGCGCACCGACGAGGCCACGGCGCCCACCGACGGCGGCGCCGGCGGCGGCGUCGGUCACGGCGGUGCCGUGGCGAUGGUGUCCACGGACAGGAACACGGUGUUUUUCGACGGUGGAGCGGAGCUCCCGGAGGAGCGCCCCGCGGAGGACGAGGCCGCCGUCGAGGAUUACGAGGCCGCCGUCGACAGGACCUUGGAGAGGCUGAGGGACACCUUCAGGGAACUCGACGAGCGCAGGAACCCCCGGAAGCCUGGGCCGCCUGGGCCGCCUGGGGGCAACCGACCUCGGGGUGGCUCCCGGAGGACCGCGGAGAAACGCGGGAGCGGCGGCGGCGGCAACCGGGAGAGGCCCCCGAAGCGCCCGCGCGCGAGCAGAACCCGCGACGACGGUGACCACGGCGGUGACGCGGCACGCAAACCCGCGCAGGAGAACAACCUGCGCGCCGACUUCGGUGACUCGGACUUCAUCGACACGGCCGAGAUGCACGACCGGGGCCUCCCGCGCUGGGAGUUGAACCCGGGCGAGGAUGGCGAGGAGGACGACGCGGCUCCUCCAUCGACGCCCGGGGAAGGCGGCGCUCGGGGUCGGGGCGACCGGCUGCCCGAGCUGCGGCCCGGGCCGGCCGACGCGGCCGUGGCCGCCGCGGCCCCAGGGGGAGGCUUCCGGAACGAGCCGGAGGCGGCGGGGCGGUCGGAGCGCCGAGCGGCCGCCGUUGCGCCCGUGCCGUACGCGCGGAUAUUCCUGCUCGCCAACGCGUGCGGCUUUGCGGCGCUGCUCGUGGCGCAGCUGCGCUGCGCCGGGCGCCACUGGGUGCUGCACAACCACAGGGUGCUGUACGCGCUGCUCAUCGCGGACAGCGUCGCCAUCUUCGGCAUCUACUCCACGUGCUCCAGGACCGACUGCUAGCGGUGACAUCCAACGAGUCGCGUGGCAACAUCGCCCCACCGCCGCCUACUGGCUUCACGAAUGCCAACUCGCAAGCCGCCGCUGCGCGUUCACCCUUCGCCGCGGAGAGACAGCUGCCACCGGGGCGUCCCGCAUGGCGAGACUUCCGCAGUGAGAGUCAACGUGUACCGCACCGGAGGCGCGGCUUAAAUGAUGAAUUACGAUGACGACGAUGAGCCGAGUGUGACGCCGGACGCAUCGUAUUUUCUAGGUCAUACAAACUCAUCUCCAUUGCUGCCAACUGAGGUCGUGCUGGAAAUUCCACGUUACCAUGGUAGGGGCCCGUGACUCCAUGGGAUGACCGCUGUUGACUUCCGACAAAGUAGUGCUGCUCGUAUUGUUGAUCUCAUGGGAAUGACGGCGACGACGAUGAUAAUGACGAUGAUGGUCAACCUCUGGUAUUUGAACUCAUGACCUCAUGAUUGUGAUUUGAGCACUCUGGCCUUAAGGAAAAUUCUAAGUAAAAUAAAGUAAUGUACAAGUGUGAGAUAUGGACGAAACGUUCGUGUGCAAAGAGCAAAUUAUUUUAUUGUUGUGUUGCAGAUAAAAUAAAUAAAUCUAUUUUUAUUU